AUGUCUAUCCGCAAACUCUCGACAGGCGUCUUCGCCUUGUCGACGCUGAUACAACAUGCUGUUACUGCUCCUUCAAGCCCAAUCAUCUCUUUCAGAUUUCCUGAGGUUGUAGAAGCAGGUGGUAUGCACAACAUUCACGUCGACUAUCAUUCCUCUCAUGACGGCGAGUUCUCAAUUGUGUACGGCGACUGCGGCAUUAAGUCUACACAAGAAGCCCAUCAUAUUCUCGGCAGCACUCAUGUUGGAAACCACGACUUGGCAAAGCGUCAUCUCAACUGGCACGAACAGAGACCAACUCGUUUUGUCUGGUUGGCUCCUGAGGAUAUGUCCAGUGAUGGCUGUCUUCAUGCUUUCUCUGGUGAUGUCUUGCUGGGAAGAUCUGCACCUGUCAGUGUUGGCCGCAGGAACAACAAGAGACAUCUUGCUGCUUCGGAAAUUAUGGAUGCGAUGGGUCCUUGGUUUGAUGGUGUCACAUAUCUCAAGGAAAAAGAGCCUGAAUCAGUAUUCGUCGCUCAAACCAAGAGCAAGUCUGUCGGUAUUCUCGGUGGUGGUAUGUCAGGCCUGAUGACAGCGCAUCUUCUCGACUCUGUCGGUUUCCAUGACUGGCAGAUUAUCGAGGCUUCAUCGCGUAUUGGUGGCCGUGUGCAUACAUCCUACCUCAACGCUACCAAACCUGAUCAAUAUCAGUAUCAAGAGAUGGGACCUAUGCGCUUCCCCGUCAGUCUUACUAUGGAUAACGAGACUAUCGAAAUCAACGAUCACAAGAUGGUCUUCCAGCUUGCUGAUGAACUGAACAAGCAGAAUCAACACGAUCCUACUUAUGAAGUCAAGUUUAUUCCUUGGAUCCAGAGUGCUCCUAACGACCCCUCUAGCACAACCAAGAGAAAGCCUGACGGUACUGUUCCUGGCGUUGCGGAGGUCAAGGAGAAUCCAUCGCUUGCUGUCAACACCACUGCUUCUUACAGUAACGCAACUGCUGUAGCUGAAGCAACCGAAGAGUUCGAGGACUGGAUCGGCAUGGACCUCGACAAGACUCGUCUGUAUGCAACAAAUGUCUUCAAGGCACACAAACAAGCUGUUGCCGAAGGCUUCCUCGAUUUCUCGGAGUCUGGUUAUCUCCGUUACAAGAUGGGACUGGAUAGUAACAUUACCGAUCAGAUUGACUCUGUGGCCGAUAAUGACCCUUCGUGGCCUUAUGAGGACAUCUACUUUGAAGCAACAGAAUGGCGUACCAUCGAUCAAGGUCUGAGUCGUCUGCCCGCUGCCUUUGGUCCUCAAGUCUUGAAUCGCACUCGUUUCCAGACUGCUGUGCAGGCUUUGACCUGGAACGAGACUUCAGAAAAGAUGUCCGUUCACUUCCAUCCUGGUAACCCCUUCGAUAUGGAAACUGAGACCAUCGAUUUUGACUACACUAUUGUUGCAGUGCCAUUCUCCAAAGUUAGACUCUGGCGUCUGCCCGACUAUUCAAGCCUACUCAGUCGCGCAAUCUCAAGACUCAACUACUCUCCCGCAUGUAAAGUGGCUCUUCACUACAAAACACGCUUCUGGGAACACCUUCCUCGCCCCAUCAUCGGCGGCUGUGGGUCGGGCGGCGGCAUAGCAGGUAUAGGAAGCGUAUGCUACCCCUCCUACCACCUCAACAGCAGCGGACCAGGCGUAAUCCUCGCCUCCUACCUCUCAGGCUCCAUGGCCCUCUCCACGUCCGCCAUGACCGAAGAAGACCACGUCGCCUACGUCCAACGCGCCAUGAUCGAACUCCACGGCCCCAUCGCCGCUGAACAAUACACAGGCGCCUACGACCGCAAAUGCUGGCUAAACGACGAAUACCAAGCCGGCGCUUGGGCAUCCCCCACCGCAGGACAACGAGAUUUAUACCUUCCUGCGUAUUUCCAGACGGAGAAACAUACGGUGUUUGUGGGUGAGCAUACGAGUUACACGCAUGCGUGGAUCUUUAGCGCGUUGGAGAGUGCGGUUAGAGGGACUACGCAACUGCUGCUGGAUAUGGGGCUUGUGGAUGAGGCGAAGCAGGUUACUGAGUUUUGGAUGGCGAGGUGGAUUAGUAUGUAG